UAUGAGCUUGCAACAAUCAUUAACCAGCGAGUCAAGUCAUUGAGUUGUGUCUUUAUCUAUCUAUUCCUAGCUUUACCAUGACAAAAAAAAGGAGGCAAAAACCAAAAUAUUUCAAUACAUACAAAUUCCUGCCCUAGUUGAUACGCCAUCUAAGUUUUAUUAUCCAUUUGUGACAAGCACAUGACACACUUUCAUAUUCUUUUGUUUUUUUUUAUUAAAUUAAAAAAAAAGAAAUAAAAAAAGAGAUAAAGGAAGACGAAGUGGAGGAUCGACACACGUGGCAAACGGUUUACCAACCGGCACGCGUGCCAUCCUUGACAGUGGCGUCUUUUGUUCAAAUAAAAUUGAAUUCAAAUUCAAAAUGUCUCGAGAACGAGGACCACCACCAACUCUCGAGAUCCUAUUAUCCCUACCCGUCCCCGAAAGAAAAGGGUAUAGAGCGCCAGGCAGGCAGGCAGUCAGGCAGUCAAACCCUCCUCCUCCUCCGCUCCGUCCUGGCGUCCUCCCUCCCCGCUCACGCAAAACGCAAACCACCCCGCCCGCCCCCCGCCACCGUCGGCAGCAACAACUACUUUCCUUUCGUCCUCGUCCGUCGCGCCCCCCACCCGCUCCUCCACUCACCACACCGGACGGAUCCGGAUGUCGUCUCCGCCCGCGCAUCCAUUCCACACCCGCAAUUCCGCAGCAAACGCUAGCAGCAGCGGCGGCGGCGGCAGCGGUUGGUAGCCGCGCGAUCGAGACGGCGGGUGACCUGCCCCGUCGCGGUCGCGGUCGCGGGGUAUAUAUUACCACCACCAAGAUUCCAGGAGACGAGGAGGCGCCGAUCCGUAGCGGCGCCGAGGGCGACAUCGAGGAGCCGCUGGUCUCACGCCGCACCGAGACAAUGGCAGACCAGUUAGGGUUUUACACUAUUAGAUCCCAUGGGAUGAUAUUGGCAAGAUUGCACAUGUAUGACUGGAUAAUACUUCUCCUCCUUGCUGUCAUAGACGGGCUGUUGAAUUUAAUUGAACCAUUUCACCGUUUUGUUGGAAAAGACAUGAUGACUGACUUGAGAUAUCCUAUGAAGGGCAAUACAGUGCCAUUUUGGGCUGUUCCACUGAUUGGAAUUAUACUGCCUUGGGCCAUCUUUGUUGGAAUUUACUUCAAAAAGAAGAAUUUUUAUGAUUUGCACCAUGGCAUACUGGGGAUUCUAUACUCAGUGCUCAUAACUGCAGUGAUUACUGAUGCGAUUAAGGAUGGUGUUGGACGGCCUCGUCCAGAUUUUUUCUGGCGCUGUUUCCCUGAUGGAAAUGAUGUUUAUGAUAACAUUACAACUGGUGUUAUAUGCAAUGGAGUGAAGAGCGUAAUCAAGGAAGGCCACAAGAGCUUCCCCAGUGGACACAGUUCAUGGUCUUUUGCUGGUUUAGGCUUCCUUGCAUGGUACUUAGCUGGGAAAAUCGCAGCUUUUGAUCGCAAAGGACAUGUUGCGAAGCUAUGCAUUGUGUUUCUGCCUCUCCUUACUGCUGCACUUGUGGCUGUUUCUCGAGUGGAUGACUACUGGCAUCAUUGGCAAGAUGUAUUUGCAGGGGCUCUUAUAGGUCUUACAGUUGCUUCAUUUUGCUAUCUGCAAUUUUUCCCGUAUCCUUUUGAUGGCGAUGCUUGGUGGCCUCAUGCAUACACGGUCCAGGUAGCGGAGGAACGGAACAGCAGACAUGCAAACUCGUACAGUGUGAGACCAACCGAGAUCGAAACAGUCAAUAUUCCAGGCCACGGUGGGAUGACCCUAAGAGAUACUCUAAACGAUGUGGAGUCUGGCAGUGGCAGGAGAUUGUGAGAUGAUACCGUUGGAGCUGCUUGCAUAUGUAUACAGGUAGAUGUAUUUGUAGAGCUGUUGACUGCUGCUGCCACCGUGGGUUGCUUAGACGGGCUUGGCAGUAAAUUACUUGGUAGGUGUUGUUUCUUCUGACAAUCUUUGGGUUUCCUUUGUGUAUACUUGUUGAGUCAAGAGUUGUGGUUAAAGUUUGUUGGCGUACACUCUUUGUAGUCAGCUUGGUCAGCAACUAUGAUGAUCUUAUCAGAUGUGCAGGGUAAAUGGGUUUCUCAGUCGAUUGUGGAUUGUUGCUCUUAUACUAAAGCG